AUGAACUACUACCUCGCCAAGUGGCCUGAAGCAGAGGCCAGACCCAACAAGGUCUUGGUCUACUGCUACUCCAACGUCAAAGUCCUCAUCACAGACCAGGGCCGCGAGUCCUGCAACUGUGUCAACGGAGAGCUCUGCAGACGUCUCAAGAUCGACCACCGCAAGACGACCGCCUCCCACCACAGUCCAACGGCCAGGCUGAGCGAUUCAGCCAGAGACUUUGCAGACCUUUGCUUCGCAGGCCCGUGCGAGCUGCUGCCGUCGGGCUCGGGACACCCGGUGCAGGCCGUCCUGCGGAGCUUCGCCGCCCUGGCGGGCUGCGCCAGCAGGCCAACGGUCGGCCAGCCGCAGGAGGUCCACGUGGUCAACCUGAGGGGCCGCGCUCCAGAGGGGCCGGACAGCAGUCCCGCCAAGGUGGAGCUCCACCUGAAGCCCAUCCAGUCCAUGCUGUACCACCAGAAGCCCCUGGCCUUCGUGCUCAGCUCCCCCCAGCCGCUCAUCUGGAAUGUCCAGUCGGAGAACCUGGCGCUUCACAUCAAACAUACCUUUCAUGUGCCUGAGGGCUCGCAGGUCUACUUCAAGCCGGAGAACCGUUCCCUCUCCGCCGUCAUCCAGAAGGAGGUGCUUCCCCACGGCAGCGAGCACCUCCUCGGCUGGGCCCAGAAGAAGUACGGCGCCGUCACCUCCUUCUCCGAGCUCAGAAUGACUCAGGCCAUCUACAUCAAAGUGGGAGAAGAUCCGGAUUUCUCUGAAACGUGCAAGAUUGACAGCAAGUUCCUGUCCUUGAACUACCUGGGCAGCUACGAGGAGCCGCAGCCGUCCAGGGGCUGCGUCCUGUCCCCGCCCGGCAGGAACCGGGAGGUCCACAUCCUCGAGCUGCAGGCGCCCAACUCCAGCAGUGCCUUGCAGGUGGACGUCGUCGUGGACCUGCAGCCUCUGAGGGAGGACGUCCCCGUGUUUCGACACGUCGUCCUGCUGCUCAAGUGCGCCAAGUCCGUCAACUGGGUCGUCAAAACCCACGGCGCCGUCGGGAAGCUGGAGGUCGUGACCUCUGACACCGUGAGCGUUAACUCACGCAUGACGGCGACCAAGCUUCCGAAGCAGCGUCUGCCGUCGGGUUCCCAGGCCCUGAUCGAGUGGGCGCAGGAUCACGGCUACGGCCCGGUCACCUCCUACACCGCCACUCCCGUGGCCAACCACUUCAGCGUCCGUCUGAGGGAGCCAGAUGUGGUGGAGUCGCCGGAGAGCGAACUCCUUCCGGAACUCUCCAUCCUGCGGGACUCGGGCGGCUCCCGGCCGCCGUGGGACGGCUCGGCGGGGCGCCGGUCCGGCCUCUCCUUCCCGUUCCCGCCGUUCGGGGACCCCGGCUUUGGGGACGGCGGGCCCGAGGAGCAGCAGGGCGUCCUGAGCGUGGGCCUGGGCGUGCGCUGCGAGGAGGACAGGAUGGUGGUCAGCGUGGACAGAGACAGCCUGCAGGCGAAUGGAUUCACUCAUGCUAACCUCACGCUCCAAGACCCACAAUGCAAAGCGGUGGUCAAUGCCACCCACUACACGCUGGAGACUCCUCUGACUGGCUGUCAGACCACCAUAUAUCCGAUGCAGGACAGCCCGAUGGCCCUCCACAUUAACUCUGUCUUUAUCAGUCACAGUGAGACUAAGGAUGGCAGUGGCGGGCCGCUGGACGACGAGGACCUGGAGUCUGGAGACGUGCUGAACGCCAAGGGUCCAGAGGAGCUCGAGAGAAUGUUUCUAGAGCGACAGCAGCCGUCCAUCAUAUCGUUCAACUGCACGUACAGAAAGCGUCAGGAAGUCGCCGACACGGUGCCGAGGAUUGUGCCGGGACGGCCCGGCCCGCGGCCGGCCGGCGAGCCGGCGUUCGGCAUGGAGCUGUUCAGCACGCCGCAGUUCGCCGGCCCGUCUCGACAGGCCUUCUUCACCGUCUCGCAGAACCAGCCGGUGUUCGUGGAGAUCACUUCUUCUGCGUCCGAUCCCGAGCUGGGCUUCACCAUCGUAGAAUGCUCGAUCUCGCCCAGCGCCAGCCCCAGCGCCACCCUGGACCACGUGCUCAUCAACACGGUGUGCCCCACAGACGACUCCGUGGUGCUGUACCCUCAGAGGGACGGCCCCGCGGCCCACGCCGGGGCAGAAAAGAGGCGCUUCCGCUUCACCUUCAACUCCAAGUUCAACAUGUCGACUCUCUUCCUGCACUGUGAGAUGUCUCUGUGCUCAAAGAGACUUCACAGCAACCAAAACCUGCCGCCGUGUCUCAACGCCAACGCCUCGUGUGACUCCCCGUCCGGGGACAGCGUCUUGGCCAUGAUGAUGAACACCAAACGCUCCUCCAAGCAGCUGGUCGUCGUGGAUGAACCAGUCCAGCCUGGCGGGACGGAUCAACCCGACGAGACCGAGACGCUGUACGUGCUGGACACUCCCACGGUGGUGGGCAUCGCCUUCGCCGCCUUCGUGAUCGGCGCCCUGCUGACCGGAGCCCUGUGGUUCAUCUACUCGCACACAGGUGAGACGGCGGGCGCCCAGCCGGUCCAGAAGGCCCAGCCGGCGUCGGAGAACAGCAGCGCGGCGCACAGCAUCGGCAGCACGCAGAGCACGCCGUGUUCCAGCAGCAGCACGGCGUAGGAGCCGGCUCGUCAGGGUGUGCAGAUCCGUGCGCCGUGUUGGAGUUCCGACACGGCCUGACAGCCACCGCCACAGAAUGGACGAUACCAAGCUCACCCCAGGAAUCCCUCUGCAAUCCAGAUGCUGCUUUUGUUCUGAUCCGUGCCGGACGGGCUCUCCGUUCAGGCUGGAGCAGGCAGACUGAUGUCAGUAUUAGAACGUGAGACGCUGAUGGCUGGACCCGUCGCACGCCGCACGCCGCCCGCUAGCCGCUAGCCGCUAGCCGCUAACGACACGCAGCCCAGGAAGCGGCUGAGCGGCCGAGCAACCACUAAUGUCAAGCUCAAAGGACAAUGUGGGUUCUGAAUGUAUACAGAAGAGAAAAAUAUGCCAAAAAAUGUGAAAGAAAAUGUGAAAGAUGGGCUGAGAAAAAUUCCAUGUUUUAUCGUUUCAGUUGCUUUUCCUUUUUUAGCGGGUUCAGACAGAGUGUAGAUGUUAUAUACAGAAACAUGUUUGAGUCCUGUGUUACAGAGCUACACAGCGGCAUUAUGGGAUCCCUUAUCAGUGCUUAUUCAUGGAAGAGUUCUAUAUAUUGAUACAUAUGUUUAUUUUCUUAUGGUUUGAAAGCAUACUACUUUUUCUUUUCUUUUUUUUUAAACAUCUGAACAGCAUAGCUUAGCAUCGAAGGAGAAACGGCCAGCUCAGCGUUCUGAUUACAGAACAAAAGCACCAGACUUCAACUUACUGCGUAUUCUAACUAUGAAUUUCAAAUUAUUUAUACUACACACUAAAAAUGUUUUAUUUUAUUUUGUAGGUUGCUCUAAAUGCCGAAAUUUAAGUAUUUCUAAAGUGUGUGGAGGAAACAUUUAGCCUGGUUUUACUUCCUCACUCUACCACAACAAAAGACUCUUCAUUACAACAUGUCACAUCAACAAGAUGAUGCUUAUUUUGAUAUUGAGCUGGUUUCUGACUCAGCCCUACUUCCUGCUUUGAUGCUAAGCUAAGCUAUCAGCUUCAUUUGAAACCCUGUGAUUGGCGUCCAUCUUCUAGUCUUAGACUCAGAAAGAAGGUAAAUAGCAACAUUUUUCAAAUCGUGGAAUAAUUCUUUCAAAAAUGUGUAUAUUUUCCUGUGAAUAUUGUAAAUAUAGAAGAUGUUACAGAGUGGCGAGCUGCAGAUUGUUCCUCUGGGUGGGAUGACUGUAGAGGUUUUAGGACACUGUGGUAUAACGGAGGUAUAACAUGGAAGUCACAGCGGAGAAGGGUUCACGUUCAUAGUUUGGGUCCUCCUAUUUGUGCGCUCACUGAACACAAUUUUCACUUUUAAAUGAAAAUUGAGAUGUUUUUUUAAAACCUGUUCAUUUCAUUUCAGAAUUGAUAGUUUCUGGUAAGUCCUGAGAAACUGUGUUAACGUGGCUUUUAGCUGGGUUUCGCCUGCUGGUUUUCCUGUGAAUCUGGGCCCCGGCUGCGUUUGGAAUAAGCUGUGGACGCGCCGCGCCGCCGUCCUGGUAUUCACCCCACCAUCUCAGAAGAACUCAGAUGUUUCCCAGUGUCGGUCAGACUCUCGUAGGGAAGCGGAGGAGCAAACUGAGGCCUUUCAGUCUGAAAAGGGACGUUCUCCCUCCAGCGACUGCACGGAACAGUAGAAUGUAUUUUAUCUCAAAGCUUUUCUUUCUUAUGUAAACAUGUAUAAAGCUUUCUACAGAGUAUAAGAUUAUAUUUCGGAAUACAUCUACCAAGAGAAAUUUAUGUGUGUGUGUGUGUGUGUGUGUGUGUGUGUGUGUGUGUGUGUGUGUGUGUGUGUGUGUGUGUGUGUGUGUGUGUGUGUGUGUGUGUGUGUGUGUGUGUGUGUGUGUGUGUGUGUGUGUGUGUGUGUGUGUGUGUGUCUGUGUGUGUGUGUGUGGAUAUACUGUGAAUCAUGGAUGUGCUCAAACAUAACAGGAUUUAUUUCAUUUAAAAAAAGAAAAACCUUUGAUAUGACCCUUUGAUUACAGUCAACUAUGAAUAUUUGUCAAAGAGAAAUGUUUUUGAAAGCAAUUUUUUAAAUAAAUGUGGACAUUUCAAUGUAUGAAUAUUCUUUGUUGUGACUUUGACCAAACUGUCUGUUCAGACAGUUCCUGUUUGUUGUUCGGAUAUGGAGGUGGUUACCCUAUUCGGUUAUUAUGCUAAAACGUUGCGUUCCUCUGAGGGCUAACUGAUUUCUGAUGUUUAAAAAAUAAAUAAAUAAAUAAUGAGGCUCAAGCUAGUGCCGAGCUCUGCUGGCAAUCCCUUUGUAAUUUGACACCUGCCUCACUGAAGCUGAGCUGAUGGGUCGGACUGGUUUAAAAGACGCAAUAAUCUUCAGUUACUCUUUGAUGUUUCACUGAAUUUACGCAUUAACAUUUUUCUCGAAGCCCAACAAGUUGAAAACUAUUCCAGCAUGAAGCCAGUUUUAAUGAAAGCAUUUGAUGCAAAAAUUCAGUGAAAUGUCCAAAAACAAGAAGCUUUCCCAGACUCCCUCUGACAGCGUGGCGUUGAGGUCGCUGCGUCUCCGAUAUCUCAGCGCAAUUCUUAGUUAUGUCCUGGAAUUUUAAGAAAUUUGUUAAAAAAAAAAAAAAAAAGAAAGAAAGAAAUGCUGGUGUCAAAUUACAACUUGCACAUUAAUCUGUGUCCUGAACUUUUUGAGUUACGUCGACAUGCAUUUUUGCACUUUGGCCAAUUUCUACAUGAACAGUCUCGCAUUGUAAUGUAAAAACCUUUAUUGCCAAAAAAA